CAUAAACAAAACCCUCAGAGAUUCUUGGUGUAGUAAUCCUCGCCAUUUUAUUAUCUUCGGGAGACCGUAUUUAAGGUAUUUCGGACUGUAAACCAGUUCUGAAUGUUAUCGAUCGCCAUAGUCCUCCGGUAUACAAAAAUAUAACUAGUAUUCUCGUCUCUGCUGCAUUCAUAAGGAAGGAUAUCCCCAGUAUGUCAUUAGAAACAGUACUAGUAAAGAAGGAGCAUGAUUGGGACGGCGACGAGGCUCGACUGAACGCGGACGAUGCGGUGAAGCGCGAAACACAGCCACUACUAGAAAUGGAAUAUGCGAUAGAAUCAGUAUUUGUAAAGCAGGAGCCCGUUUGGGAAAACACAAAGGUUUUUAGCCAUGACCACCAACCACCAACCAACCAACCACCAACUAUCAACCACCAACCACCAACUACCAACCACCAACCAGCCUCAAAGGUCUGUGAGGUUGCGGUGAAGACAGAGCUGGUGUGUGAAGAGCAACAGUCUGGUUCCGAAGGACUGCCUCCUGUCGCACUGGAGAGAGACAAAACGAAUGCCAUCAAGCAGCCGAUCGCCCCAUCCUUGUCUACAGGUCACGAGCAGCCAAAGAAACCGAUGUUGCCACAAGUAAAUGCACCACAAACAAAACAACCCUAUUCCUGUAAUAUAUGUCAUAGAGAAUUCACACUAUUAAGUACUUUAAGGACGCAUCAACGAACACAUACUGGAGAAAAGCCGUACACCUGCAUAGUAUGCAAAAAGAACUUUACACAAAUGAGUUCUAUGAAACGACAUGAACUCAUCCAUAGCGGAGACAAGCCACACGUUUGUGAAAUAUGCAAUAAGCAGUUCACGCAAAUGAGUCAUUUUAAUCGUCAUAAACGAAUCCACACUGGAGAAAAACCAUAUUCUUGUGAUAUUUGUCAUAACAGAUUUACAGAAUCUGGCACUUUGAAUAAACAUAAAUUAACUCACACCGGAGAAAAGCCGCAUUCAUGUAAAAUAUGUAAUAAGGUAUUCACGCAAUUGGCAAAUUUAAAGAUGCAUGAAAAAACACAUUCAGAUAUAAAAGAUUAUUCGUGCGAAAUAUGUCAUAAAAAGUUUAGGGUAAUUAAUCAUUUACGGGUCCAUAUGGUAAUCCAUACAGGCAAAAAAGAAUACUCAUGUGAUAUAUGUGAAAAGAAAUUUGCUAGGAUAAAAUAUUUAAAGGAUCAUCAAAAACUUCAUACGAAAGUAGACCUGUACAAAUGUGACAUAUGUGGAAAAAACUAUUCGCAAAUGGGCACGUUGAAUAGACAUAAAAAAACUCAUCAAGGUGAGAAACCAUUCUCGUGCGAUAUAUGUGGCAGGCGGUACACUGAAAAAACGACAUUAUUGAAACAUAAGUUAAGUACCCACCUCUAACCAGGUGACAGAUGCAUUUUAAAAAUAAUGGUGGACUGUCUUAAUAAUUCCUUA